AUGAAGCCACUGAAGCAGCCGGAGAACUCGCUGUUGUGUGACCCAUCGCUGGUGGACGAGAUCUUUGACCAGAUCCCAGAGCUGCUGGAGCACCACGAGCAGUUCCUGGAGCAGAUCCACGACUGUGUGCAGAACUGGCACGAGAAGCAGAAAGUGGGCGACCUCCUCGUGCAGUCGUUCUCCAAGGACGUGCUGGUGAACAUCUACUCUGCCUACAUCGAUAACUUCCUUAAUGCCAAGGAUGCCGUCAGGAUCGCCAAGGAAGCCCGGCCGGCAUUCAUGAAGUUCCUGGAGUUCUCCAAGGACGUGCUGGUGAACAUCUACUCUGCCUACAUCGAUAACUUCCUUAAUGCCAAGGAUGCCGUCAGGAUCGCCAAGGAAGCCCGGCCGGCAUUCAUGAAGUUCCUGGAGCAAAGCAUGCGGGAGAACAAGGAGAAGCAGGCUCUGUCCGACCUGAUGAUCAAGCCGGUGCAGAGGAUCCCACGAUACGAGCUGCUGGUGAAGGUGGGUGCGGGCGGCAGGAGGGCCUCUGUGCCAUGCCGGGAGCGGGACCUGCUGAAACACACGCCAGAGGACCACCCCGACCACCCUUUCCUCAUCGACGCCCAGCGCAACAUCAAGCAAGUGGCCGAGAGGAUCAACAAGGGCAUGAAGAGCGCGGAGGAGGUGGAGAGGAAUGCCCGGAUCGUGCAGGAGAUCGAGUCCCACAUUGAAGGGAUGGAGGAUCUCCAGGCCCCGCUCCGCAGGUUCCUGCGCCAGGAGAUGGUCGUGGAAGUGAAGGCGGUGGGUGGGAAAAAGGACCGCUCCUUCUUCCUCUUCACGGACCUGCUGGUGUGCACGACGUUGAAGCGCAAGUCGGGCUCCCUCCGCCGCAGCUCCAUGAGCCUGUACACGGCGGCCAGCGUGAUUGACACCGCCAGCAAGUACAAACUGCUCUGGAAGCUGCCGCUGGAGGACGUGGACAUCGUCAAAGGUGCCUCGCAAGCCACCAACCGGGAGAGUAUCCAGAAAAGCAUCUGCCGCUUGGAUGAAGACCUCAGCACGUUGGGGCAAGUCAGCAAGCUGUCGGAGACCCUCAGCUUCCCCCACCAGAGCCUGGAUGAUGUGAUCAAGGACCUGAUGGCCGCCAUCCACCGGGAGCUGGCGGAGAAGCAAUCCCUGUCCUUCAGCAUGGCCUUCCCCCCCAACAAGGUGGAGCUCAGCACCACCAAAGCUGACGGCACCGAGUCCUUCAUCUUUGAGUUCCCCAACCCCGAUGCCCGGCUCGGCUUUGAGCAAGCCUUUGAGGAUGCCAAGAAGAAGCUGGCUUCCAGCAAAAACUGCCUGGACCCAGAGUUCCUCAAGGCCAUCCCCAUCAUGAAGACACGGAGCGGGAUGCAGUUUUCUUGUGCUUCUCCCAGCCACGGCAGCCCGGAAAGCUCCCACGAGGUUUGGGUUUGCAACAGCGAUGGUUACGUGGGGCAGGUUUGUUUGCUCAGCAUCCGUAAGGAGCCUACGGUGGAGGCGUGCAUCGCCGUCUGCUCCGCCAGGAUCCUCUGCAUCGCCUCCGUGCCCGGUCUCAAGCGGCCAGAGGAUGCGGGGCCGCAGCCGUGCCUGCACAUCUCCAUCUCGGGUUCGUCGCUGGAGCUCUCGGAGCCGGUUGACGGCGGCAACAGGGAGCUAGUGCCCUUCGAUAGCGAUGACACGGAUGAUGAGUCCUCGCCCAGUCCCUCAGGGACGCUGCAGAGCCAAGCCAGCCACUCCACCAUCUCCUCCAGCUUCGGCAAUGAAGAGAUCCCAAGCUGCAAGGAGGCAACGGCAGAGACAACAAGCUCAGAAGAAGAGCAAGAACCCGGCUUCAUGCCCAUUACGGGCACCUAUGGCCAAAACCGGCACGGCGAGAGCCCCACAGACGGGCGAGCCCUGCGCCGCUCCAGCCGCGGCUCCUUCACCCGGGGUAGCCUCGAGGACCUCCUCAGCCUUGACCCUGAAGCCCAUCAGAGCUCCAUGUGGUUGGGUACCGAGGAUGGCUGGUACCUGGAUAACCAGGUUUUCGUGUCGUUGGCCAACGGGGAGCUUGUCGCGUACCAGCGGGAGGCAG